AUGUCGGGAUUGCAAAUUCAAUCCACCGAGGUCCGACAGGAUCGUUCUUUGCCUUCCAUCUCGCACAUGGAUUGGGCCGCCAGUCAAAGUCUACCCCCACUUGAAUAUUUGCAAUGGGGUAAUUUCCAUCCCAACUUGCACAGUUCUUACCCACCAGCUUGGUCCUCAGUGGAAUCAAUUCAAACUAAUUUGGCGCCGCUAAAUCCCCGUGAGACUCCAGCUCCAACAUCUACUGCAAACCAGCCUUGUUCGGAUUCAGGUGAUUCAGAAACGCCUCGUGGAACAACCCGUCCCAGGACCCUUCAAUGGACAAGCGUCAUGGAGAAAGCUGCUAUUCAGUUGUACUACGAUGCGGCCUUGGAAGGAAGACGAUUGGAUAAUGGUUUUAAAUCUGAUGUACAUCAGCACGUGGUAAAUAAGCUCAACGAGCAGUUUCCAGGGGCCGAGUUCACCAUCAGCAAAUGCAAAUCAAAGCUGAGCCAGUCAUUCAAAAAAGAAUACGAUGCAUUUCUUGCCUGUCGCAAUGCAAGCGGAUUUGGGUGGGAUGAAAUCCGAUGCGAGGUUACUGCUUCAAACGAUGUCUGGGAACACUUCUUGAAGUCUCAUCCCCAGGCCCGUCGUUUCCGCAAUCAGCCGUUUCCGGAAUGGGAACAACUUCAAGUGAUUUUUGGAGCGAGCGCCACCGGAGACGCUGCAAAGAGUCUGACUCAACAUGCAAAGGAGGGCACUGUCCGAGACAAGCCUGCAGACAAAAGCUCCAGCUCGGAAAACGAUGAGGGAGAAGGCCGUGCCCGCAGCAAGGCUCCUGCACGCAAACGAAUCCGCCAAACCACGGGUGCAGCUUUCAGCAGUGCGAUCCAUGAUCUCAUUGAGGCUUUUGCCCCACAGUCCUCAAAAAAUCUGACUAAUCCAGAACCGGCAGCGGCCCUUCAGACGACCGAGCGACUAACGGACGAGGCUGUCGACUUGUUCCAAUCAACGAUGGCACCUCAGCUUGCGUGGUCUGAUUUGGUCGUUGGUUUUAGUGUCCUCGAAAAGCUGUCCAAGGCGCGCAUGUACCUCAAACUGGACAACAUGUACAAAAACCAAUGGCUCUCCUAUGAGAUCAAGAAAGACGCGCAAACAAUCUGACUGAUUGACGCUGACACA